AUGCCUCAGGAUAUGCCCCCAUUGGGGGGCUACGCCCAAGUCCAGUACAAGCGGAACAUCCCCGCCCGCGGUUUCAAGCCAUGGCAGUACAUGCUCGGCAUGCACGCUAUUAUGGCCUACGGUUUCUACAGAUACUUCCAGGGUGUCCGUGAGCAGCGUGAGCUUGCGCGCGAAAAGAUGUGGUCUCGUCUGCACCUGAUGCCUCUCCUCCAGGCCGAGGAGGACCGCGACCAGGUCCGCCGCUACUACGCUGACAAGGCCCGCGAGAAGGAGCUUCUCGGUGAGGAGACCAAGGUCUACAACUCCGACCGUUUCGUUCGCCCUACUUUCGGCUACCUCCCCGCUAGUGUCUCCCAAUGA